ACACAAAGCAAUAUUCUAGAACUGUGGAUUGACAUGAAAUGAAAGAUAGAAAGAAAAUCUCUGUUUUGAAAAACAAAACCCAGAAUGAAUACUUCAUGGAAGAUCUUUUACCUCCCUUGACAGCCUAACCCCCCAGGUGCUGAAAGAUGGCACAGAGAAGAGUGACAGCUAUUGUUUGGAAAGGUUUAUGAGCAGGAUCAGCCAGACCCACUGAGUAGAUUGUGUUUUGGGCUCAUGAGGAAAAGUCCACCUGACUCUCCCAAAGAAGCCAACUAGAGCGACAUGAGAAGAGACAAUGGAAGCUGAUAUCCAGCUCAUGAGACUUAUCCAGGAAAUGCGGGCAGAGAUCCACAAACUGGAGAAAGAGAAUCAAGCCCUCCGGAUGAAACUCACUGCAAGUAGUCAGAGAGCCUCAGGCUCAGGGAGAGAAUCAGGAGACAAAAGGGAGGAGGAAGCGCCAGGACAAUCUCCAGCAACCCUUCAGGGUGCCGUUUCCACUGAUGCAGCACCAGCAGCGCAGGAACACCAAGGCAAUGUCAUGAUUGUUAGAUGCUAUUCCAUUUCAUCAUCAGUUUGCUCAUCUGCUGUAAAUGAUCCCUGGAAAUCUGGGAAAAGUCACCCAAAGAGCGGAAUUCUAGAAGCUCAGAGAACACUGAAGUCACUGGCAUGUUCUCCAAUUAAGAAGCAAGACAUGGAAGAAAAGGUGUUUGCCACAGAUUCUUUCACCAGCAAUAGGACCAGCCAAAGAGCUUCUCCUGAGCAUGUUUGUGGUUGCAGGGACAAGACAAAGGCAGUCAGUUUCCUGUUACCCAUGGACAUGUCUUCAUAUUCCAAAAAUUCAAGUUCUUUGAAACACUCACCAAAUCAGGCCACAAACCAGCUAAGUAUCAUUGCAGAAUAGGAUAUGUGAAGUGAUUAAAUGUAAGAAACAGUUGAUUCUCAAGAGAUGGCAGCACCAAGGUCUAGCUGGGUCAGUGUCUUUCCCUAUAAAGAAGUCUGGCAAGAUGUCCAGUAAGACACACAAAAUAUUUGGUAUUGGGUCCAUAGAUCUGUUUGGCCAAGGAGUGGAAGCAAUUAUUUUUUGUCAUUGCUGAGCACUAAUGACUGGUAUGUGUGCAGUGGCUAUUGUAGACUAUAUGACAUGUGAGUAAUUAAAUGUGAUUAUAUGCUAAGUGUCAGUGUCUGUACUAUGCCAUCAAGAAAUCCUUCUGUUCACUUUCCAGAUGAAGCUAGAACAAGCCUAGAAGAAAAGUUCUGGUUUUGACUAGUGGCAUAAAAGCAACUAUCCUUUGUUUUCUGUGACAUAAGUGUGAUUCUCCUUUUAGUUCACUGUGUGUUGAUAUUUCACUGACACUAGCUCAUUUGUUCUUUAAGAGCCUGUGUCAUAGGUGUGUGAGCUGAAACACAGCAACAUCCAUAGUUUACAUUGUGGACUCAGAGCAACUGCGAGCUGAUUAAGGGCAAGCACACUAAACCUGAUUGGAAGGAGAGAAAAAAUGGUUCUGCUCAUCACUACUCAAGGAAUGGAAGUUCUCAGAACUCCCCCAAUUCCUGAACUUCUAGUUAACAGAAUAGCUCCUCUUCCUGUUUAUAGCAAUUGAGUUUCUGAUACAAAUACCCUUCUUAAACAAAGAUCGUAUUGUAUUAGAAUAUCCAGAUUAUUAAAAUGCAGAUUCCUGGGCCUCACCCCAGACCUAUUGGAUUGAUUGGGGGAGCUGGGGAAGGCAGAAAGAAGAAGUGAAAUUCACGUUUUAAAUGAGCUUUCCAAGGUGACUCCCGCCAUACAGCUGUGCUUGUGAUCUACUGUUGUAAAUACCAAGAAACAUGGUCCAGGGCCCUCCGAUCCUGCACCAAGUAGAAGCAGUGAAGCAAAGAAAGGAUAGGAAUGGUUCAUACCAUUUCUAAGAAUAAAUUGUAAUAGUCACAGGCUUCUAGAAAAGACAGAAAUAAAGCAACCAACACCCUGUGGUAAAAGUCAUGUAAUAAAAUUAAAUGCUUCUUUUAUUUAUGGCAUUCAUUGAAUAUUAACAAGAUUCCUAACAUUAUAACAGAUAUACAAUAGGGCAAGGUUACAACUGGAGGGGAAAGAUGAAAACUGGAUGUGAAAAUACACUCCUCUGGGAAUAAAGACCCACACUGAGUAGAUAAUUAAGCUAUUACCUAUGAGAUAGUUGGCAUUUUUAGUUUAUGCACAAUUAUAUUCUUUGCAUAUCUAUAAAAUUGGGAAUUUCACCUUAACCUCAGUUAAAAAGAAACAUUCCCCAAAGAGUAAAACUUUUUUAAAGCAAUACAUGACAACUAUGCAAGUUGUAAUGUUGUAACUGGCCAAGCUAAUAUGACAAAUAUCCCCAACGCUAAGCUCAAUGAGUAUGUAACUGACAUUUGAUCCAUGUUCGAUGAGCUGAACAGUUACAUGAAUCUAUCAGUUUCCAGUAAAAAAACCACCACACUAUAAAAUGUUAAGCUUUAAAAUUAAAUCAUUUAACAUAGGAUUAAAGAAAUAGGCCAGGUGCGGUGGCUCACGCCUGUAAUCCCAGAACUUUGGGAGACCGAGGCAGGUGGAUCAUGAGGUCAGGAGAUCAAGACCAUCCUGGCUAACACGGUGAAACCCCAUCUCUACUAAAAACACAAAAAAUUAGCCAGGCGUGGUGGCGUGCGCCUGUACCUCCCAAGUAGCUGGGGUUACAGGUGCCCACCACCACACCCAGCUAAUUUUUGUAUUUUUAGUGGGGUUUUGCCAUGUUGGCCAGGCUAGUUUAGAACUCCUGACCUCAGGUGAACCGCUGACCUCGGCCUCCCAAAGUGCUGGGAUUACCGGCAUGAGCCACCAUGCCCAGCUGAUUUUUCUUCCUUUUGAUGGGGAAAGGAGAUUCCAAAAUCAAAAAAUCAUAAAAUAUUCCUGCAAAAUUCUAGUUCCAGGCCAUAAUUUCAUAGACUAAGAAUAGCUCACGGUGGUUGUGCCACUAACUUGACAUCGUUAGUUUGUAGCACAGCCAAAACUGGAGCUUAUAUUUCCUGAUUCCUUCUGUAAGAGUUCCAUGCUGUCCCCUAAAUGUAUGACACUAAGUGAGUUAUCAAAUUUAAAUGUUUGUAAUUUGAGGCAUUCUCAAAAGUGAAGAUGAUCUCAAUGUUCUCAAUGUCUGGGGUGGUUGUAUUCAUUUGUUUUCACAUUGCUAUAAAGAAAUACCCGACUAGGUAAUUUAUAAAGGAAAGAGGUUUAAUUGACUCACAGUUCCACAUGGCUGGGGAGGCCUCAGGCAACCUACAAUCAUGGCAGAAGGUGAAGGGGAAGCAAAGACCUUCUUCACAUGGUGGCAGGAGAGAAAAGAGAAGGAGGAACUUCCAAACACUUAUAAAACCAUCAGCUGUCAAGAGAACUCACUCACUAUCAUGAGAACAACAGAGGGGAAACUGCCCCCAUGAUCCAAUCACUGCCCUCCUUCAACUAGUGGGAAUUACAGGUCCCUCCCUUGACACGUGGGGAUUAUAAUUCGAGAUGAGAUUCGGGUGGGGACACAGAGCCAAACCGUAUCAGGGGUAUUUAAAGAUCAAAUAAGAUCAUGAAGGUCAAUAUGUUGCAUAAAGCACUAAAUAAAUGCAAGAUACUGUUAUUUUGUUCCAUUCAAAACAUAGACUCCCAACAUAUGCCUAAUUUAAGUCAAGGUGUUAAAUUGAUAAAAUUUAGAUGUGAAAUUUCUAGCUGUUGUUUUUUUCUAGCUUUUGAUUUUCUCUAGGUUGAACUGAAGAGUGAUCAGCUAAUAGUUGGACAGCAAGACACUUCCCUAGUGCUGGGUCAAGAGCUUCACCUGUAAAGAAGAGUAAGAUAGAAAAGAAAAAGACAAAGAAGAAGGGGGAGGAAGACUCCAUGAUGAACUCUUGAUGGUCAAAAACACUACCAAUAAUGGAACUCACUGCUGAUGGAAAGAUGACGGAACAACCAAGACUUGCUAAGAAGGAGAAAACUUCACUCUCCAAAAUAUCCAGAAGACCCUUUGAUUUUGAAGCACAUUUUGUCCAACAAAUCCAGUUAUUUAAUAUAAAAGAGCAUUCAGCAUUGCAGAGUAGGAAGAUCAACUCAUAUUUAUUAAAUAGAAGACAGCAGAAUGAACAGAAUUCCAGGUCAUGGCAAUCCCUUCACCUGGCUGGGCCUCAAAUUUCCCAUCUGUGAAAGAGGGAUGUGGACUGCUACAACUGAGGGACUUCUCGUCACUGACAUUCUAUAAGUCUAUAACUGUUGCUACAAACUUGUUAUCUAUUUUAGCAGAAAAGACAGAUAUAAGAGUAAAUAUGAAGCUGUAUGUCUAGAACCUAAAAGAGAUCAGGAUGGGCUCGCAUGAAACUUGGCUAUGAACCUACAAAAAUCCCCUUAGAAGAUCAGUGGGAACUCCCAACAGGUUUCUAUGUUGGUUUAAUGGAUUUACCAUCGGGAAUUUCUCAGGGAUGUCAGUGGAAGUGAGGGAUGAUGUUCCACAGACAGCUGGUUCUCGUUAUUAACUCUGGUUAUGUUCUAUAAAGCCACUGUGAACAAUGAAUUAGUGAAUACUGAACCAUCAGCUUGAGGGAAACACAGGGUUAGGAUCCUGUGAGCCUCUGGUAUCCAUUUCAUCAACUGAUCCAUAGAGAAGCUUGUUGUAUGUGUGCUUCUGCUUAAAAGCACUUUAUUUAAUAUAUAUUGGGAUUCAUUAACAUUAAACUCACUGACAACAACAUUAUAACUCAUGUCUGAAAGAAGCUUAUCAAACACUUGUAUUUUCUCCGGCAGGUAUGUCACAGCUCUCUUUCACUUAGAAACACUAGACAGCCCUUCAUCCCUAUGGCUGCGGCCAUUUUAAAGGGCAAAAUCACC